UGACAGAGUAGAGUCGACCGCAGUGGGGCCCACGUUCACCGCGGUCUGUGGUGAACGGCUCUGCGGACUUGACAAGAUUCCCAUCGCCCUGAAAGGCCUCGACGGUCUUGCAAGCUUUGCGGACGGUCGACUCAGCUCCGUGAUCCGAUUCUGCCCGAGCCUUCGUUCUCCAGUUUGUAGUGCUCUGUCCACCAUGAACGCCCUGUCGUGUUCUCGACUAUGACAUUUGACAUUGAACAUCUGACGGCAGAUUUAGACGUGCGCCGUGUUAGCGUCUGAUUCUGGACGACGAACUGGCGCCAAUUUCCUCUAUCCUUCACCGCAAUGCGUUAUCUCUGUCUGAUUCACGUAUGGAGAAUGGAGCGGCUGUUUAUUAGCUUGUAGAGCGUUGCAAUCAAAACGAAGAAAAUUAAACUUGAGCACAGGAAGCAAUGAGCCUAAAAGCAGGCAUGGCUCAAUUGUGUCUGAGCUGCUCAAUCUCGUGUGCGCAAUGCGUGAAAGCAAAAUAUAUCCCGAAGAGUUUUUCUCUACCAGUCACAAACAGAGGCGGUGGACUAUAUCAAAAUGUCACUUCGGAUGAAAAGCAAAGAACUCAAAAGAGAUCAGAGCGACUUGCCGUCGGAGUUCCGGUUGCAAAAAUCUCUUUAAGCUGGCGUCUCCCAGUUUGCAGGGGGAUGAGUCUUGAUUCGCCAAGGGGAAUAACUCAAGACGAAAAUUCCAAAUUGAGAGUGGCUCUCAUAUGUGGUGGACCUUCUGCCGAGAGAGGGAUUUCUUUGAAUUCGGCUCGCUCUGUACUGGACCAUCUGCAGGCAGAAGAUAUUGAGAUCAGCUGCUAUUAUUUGGACACUAACUUGCAAGUUUAUGAAAUUUCAGCCAUUCAGAUGUAUUCAAACACUCCAUCCGACUUCGACUACAAGAUUGAAGGGAUGACAAAGAGCUACCUUUCACUCACAGAGUUUUUUCACCAGUUGCGCGGCACCACGGAUAUCGUUUUCCCCGUCCUUCAUGGAAAGCUUGGCGAAGAUGGAGGAAUACAGAGAAUGCUGGAGAGUGCAGGUCUUCCUUUUGUAGGUACAAGUGCAGCUGCUGCUUCAAUGGCCUUUGAUAAGUUUGCUGCAGCAGAGGAGCUCGGACGUCUUGGAUUUGCAACACUGCCUUCAUUUCUCAUAGAGGACAGCGUUGCGGAUGCAAACAGCUUGGUUCAGUGGUUCGACAAGAAUGGACUGGACAGAUCAGAUGGGCGGGUGGUGGUGAAACCAGCUCGUGCUGGGUCCAGUGUGGGAGUUAGUGUAGCUUUUGGUGUCGAGCAAGCCAUCCAGAAAGCUGAGCAACUUCUUGCAGAGGGCGUAGACGAAAGAGUUGUUGUGGAACUGUUCGCAGAAGGUGGAAAGGAGUUCACCGCCAUUGUGCUCGACAGUAGAAUCGGAUCGACAUCUCAACCUAUUACACUUCUGCCAACUGAGGUGAAACUUAGGGCUCCUGGUGAUGUGGAUGCUGAUGGCGAGAUUUUUGACUUUCGAAAAAAAUACCUCCCCACUAGUCAAGUUGUCUUUCACACUCCUCCACAGUUUCCGUUGGAAGCGAUUGGUGAGAUCCGUCAAGGAGCAGCCAAACUUUUUCAGCUAUUGGGACUUCGUGAUUUUGCUCGAGUGGAUGGAUGGUUGUUACCAUUUUCCUGUAACAUUAAUAUGAAUAGACAUGGAGUGGGAAAAGGUGACAAGCUCAUCGGCCAGAUGGACAGUGGGAUCGUGGUUUUCUCUGACAUAAAUUUGAUGAGUGGAAUGGAGCAGACAAGUUUCCUCUUUCAACAGGCUGCAAAGGUGGGAUUGUCUCAUGCAGGCAUUCUUCGAGCUAUUGUUGACUGUGCUUCUUCACGAUACGCACAAAUUCCACCUUUGAAAGCUGAAAAUAAUCAAAUCAUACAAGAGCCAGGAAGUGAUGAGUAUUCUCAGUCAGGCAAGAAGAAGGUUUUUGUCCUCUUUGGAGGAGAUUCCUCCGAACGACAGGUUUCGCUAAUUAGUGGAACCAAUGUUUGGCUCAACCUGCGGACGCACAAGGAACUUGAUGUUAGUCCCUGGUUGCUUUCACCAAAGGGCGGAGACCAAGAAAAUAAGUCUGUAUGGGCUCUACCCUACUCUCUUGUUUUACGUCACACGGUAGAAGAAGUUGUGGAGGGCUGCAUGGAGCUUUUGGAGCCGAAUACAGCUGCUAGUGGGUCCAUCCUAAGAGAACAAGUCCAGUCUGAACUUAUGGAGCACUCAAGCGCAUUGUCCACCGGAGAGGGCAUCAAUAUGGAGGACGAGAAACCAAGGGAGCUGACCUUGAAAGAGUGGAUUCAAGAAGCGAAAGAUAACGAUGCAGUUGUUUUUAUUGCAGUUCACGGUGGGAUAGGAGAAAAUGGGUCGCUGCAAAAGCUCUUGGAAGACGCAAGAGUGCCUUUCACUGGAUCUGGACCGGAGGCAUCAAGGCUCUGCAUGGAUAAGGCAGCUACAGGAAAGGCUCUUGCUCCUCUUUUUGAAACAGGAGUGUUCACAGCAAGGAGAAUAGUUUUCAACGUACACGAGUUUAUGAAGAAUGGUUCAGAAUAUGGGGACGCGAAGUCAUUCUUAGAUGGUACUUUUGCUUCAAGGAAGAUGUGGGACAAUCUUCUAGAAGAUUUGCAAUCUACCAGUAUCUGCGUGAAACCAGCAGCUGAUGGUUGUUCCACGGGGGUUGCCAGAUUGAGUUGUCCAGAGGACCUGGAGGUUUAUCUGAAGUCAGUGGUAGAACGUUUACCUCGGCUGCUACCAGGAAGUCUUAGAGAGGCACAUGGCAUCAUCGAAAUGCCUGAAUCUCUAACUGAGAUGCUGCUGCUAGAGGCUUUUGUAGAAACGGAUCCUGUCAUGGUCGCAUCUGCAUCUAACUCAUCGACAGAAGUUACCAGCGAUUGUCGUUUGUCCUGGGAGGGGAAGAGUCGCUGGUUGGAGGUAACCGUUGGAGUUGUUGGAGGGAAGGGUGAAAUGUAUGCUCUCAAUCCCAGCAUCACCGUUAAGGAGAGCGGAUCUAUCUUGUGUCUCGAAGAAAAGUUCCAAGGUGGUACAGGCAUAAAUUUGACUCCUCCUCCGCCAGCCUUGGUUAGCGAGGAAGCUAUCAAGGGUUGCAGAAGGAGAAUAGAGCUUGUGGCAAACAAACUUGGGCUGGAGGGGGUUGCUCGCAUUGAUGCAUUUCUACACGCAGAUACUGGAGAAGUUAUAAUCAUCGAAGCGAAUACAGUUCCGGGGAUGACUCCUUCGACCGUUCUUAUUCAUCAGGCACUUGCUGAGCAAUCUCCAUUGUACCCGCGUAUGUUUUUCAAGAAAGUGCUGGACUUGGCACUUGCGAAACAAGCUGUAAUGGCAAAAGUUUGAUCAACCUCAACUUACGUUUGCUAAACCAGCGGGAUGAAGUUUAUCACAUCAUAAACCUGCAGUUAGAGAAACGGUGCGCUUGUCAUCAAUGACAACCUCUAUAGCCUUCCGUUAUCUUGCAGGAGAUAAGCCAAGUCUGGAGUAAGAAACUGGUGAUGUCACCCCAUGCACUACGAUGGCAUUGUCUCAUUCCAGUAAAGUGCUGUUACCUAAGUGCAUCUUAGUGAAGCUGACUGCAACAUCUAUUGAGGAUAAUGUACCAUGAUUGUAUGAUACUCAUUGCUUAAAAAAUAACGUGAUGUAAUUCUUAACCUUCAGUCAGUUUCUUUGUCUUAGUCGUAAAGGUUAGCUAUUAACUUUUACCAGAUGUAAGUGCAAAUUUAAGUAAGGAUUUAGUAGUGUUCACUGUUUAGAUUUUAGUAGUCAUAUUUGUAUUACUUUUUGGAGUAAAGAUCUCAUGACCAAGUUUGAGCCAAGAUGUCUGUGUAUAUAUAUAUAUAGAGUUAGUGUAGGG